AUGUCUUACAACAACCGCGACAAUGACUUCGGCUCCAGCCAGUCUGGCGGUUAUGGUGGAAAUGAUAGCUAUGGCUCUCGCCAGGGCAAUGACUCUUACGGAUCCUCCGGUGUAGGAAGUGACUCGUACGGUUCCUCAAGCCGCUCAGGAAACUCUGGCCUCGGCGGUUCUGAUUCCUACAACUCAUCCAGCCGUUCCGGAGGAAACGACUCCUAUGGCUCCUCCGGUAACAACAACAGCUCCUAUGGCUCGUCCGACCGGGACAACUACGGUUCUUCCAACGAUUCUUACGGUUCCAGUAACCGCAAGGACAACGACUCCUACGGCUCGAGCCACAAUACCAGCAGCUCCAAGCAGCACGGCAACGAUUCCUACGGUUCGAAGAAGGACAGCUAUGGUUCUUCCACCGAUUCCUAUGGAUCGGGCUCGAAGAAUGAUAGCUACGGCUCUAGCCGUGAUAAUGACAAUGACUCCUAUGGCUCAAAGAAGGAUAACUAUGGCUCCUCUAGUGGCUCAUAUGGCUCCAAGAAUGACAACAGCUACGGAUCCUCUGGCGAUUCCUAUGGUUCUAAGAACGACAACAGCUACGGGUCUAAGAACGAGAGUAGCUAUGGUUCCAAGAGCGAUAGCUACGGUUCUAGCCGUCGUGACAACGACAACGACAACUCUUAUAGCUCUAAUAAGGAUAGCUACGGCUCUUCUAAUGACUCCUAUGGCUCCAAGAACGACUCUUACGGAUCUAAGAAUGACAACAGCUACGGUUCUAAGAACGAGAGUAGCUAUGGCUCCAAUAAUGACAGCUACGGUUCCAGCCGUCGUGACAACGACAACUCAUAUGGCUCCUCUGGCUCUCGCGGCUCCAACCGUGAUAACGACAACAGCUACGGAUCCUCCGGAGACUCCUACGGUUCCAAGAAUGAUAGCUAUGGUUCUAGCCGUCGGGACAAUGAUAGCAGCUCUUACGGAUCUUCUGGUAACAACUAUGGCUCGAAGAAUGAUAACUAUGGAUCUUCAGGCUCUAACAACCGGAGUGACUCGUACGAGUCCAGUGGGCGCUCUGGAUACGGUAACUCUGGUUACUAG